AAAUGGCAGCUAUCGGGACAGGAUCGUUUAAAAUGCCUGGCAGGCAGCUAUCGGGAUAGGAUCGUUUAAAAUGCCUGGCAGGCAGCUAUCGGGAUAGGAUCGGUUAAAAUGCCUGGCAGUAUUUAGCGACUUCUUUUCAGAUUCUCACUUGAAAUCCCACUGGGGGUAACUCUGCUUUUCAUCAUUACGGUGUCGGUAAAAUAAAGUAUCAGUCAAAUAUUGGGGUUGAUUUAAUUGCCUGUACUGCCCCUAAAAUCCAUAGCCUUGUGCUGUGAUAGAAACGGUACGUACCAGAGAAUUCGAACUAUUGAAGGAAGUGAUACCACAAUUAACAUAUGGGAUAGUACUUGCUUCCACUGUUUCGUACAAUUUAACAAAGCAGUUAGUCUGUAUUUUGGAAUAUGAAAGACAAAACGAAGAAAGAAAAUAAAGAGAAAUAUGUAGAAGAUGAUGCUCUUUCUUACUAUUCUGAAUAUGAAAUUCCUGAUGGAGGCUGGGGAUGGAUGGUUGUCCUGGGUUCAUUUUUUGUGCAUGUCAUUGCAGAUGGCAUCACAUACUCACUUGGCAUAUUCUACUCAAAAUGGGUGGAUUAUUUCCAAACUGAUAAAGCUACAAUGGCAUGGGUUGGCUCCUUGGUUCCAGCAAUGACAUACUUAACAGGUCCCAUUGCCGGAGCUCUGACUAAUGUGUAUGGAUGUCGCAGAGUAGCUGUUGUUGGAAGCUUACUCACCACAUUUGGUUUUAUCAUUAGCAUAUUUGUCAAUAAUGUAUACUUUCUUUAUUUCUCCUUUGGUAUUCUGGGAGGUAUUGGUAUGGGACUUAUUUAUCUCCCUGCCAUUGUGUGUGUUGGGUUCUAUUUUGAAAAAAGAAGGUCUUUUGCAACUGGAUUAGCUGUUUGUGGAGCUGGUAUUGGAACAUUUAUAUUUGCUCCAUUAUCUCAAUUUCUGUUGGAAUUUUAUGGCUGGAAAGGUGCUGUUCUGAUAAGUGCAGGUCUUAUUUUGAACUGCAUUUUAUGUGGAGCUUUAUUCAAGCCUCUGCCUAAAACCAAAAUACCAAAAGAAACUAUAUCACCUGUUUCUGAAAAAACAUUCCAAAAUGGAAAUAUAAAGAAAAGAAAAGAACUUUCUGUUACUCCAGAUGAAAUAGUAAAUUUAACAAAAAGUGAAAAUAAUUUGGCCACAAGAAAGCUGAGUAUAGAUUCUCGUCAUUCCCAAUAUUCUGUUGGAGGAACCAGGUCUCGCAUAUCCAGACGCUCCUUUAGUGGAAGUAGUUUAUUAAAUGUUUCAGUUUUCCAAAGCCAUGCUUCAGUGAUCUCAAUGAGUGUCCUCUCACUCCAUGAACAAGGUCAGCCAAGUGGAGGAUGCUGGAAAGAAACAAAAACUAUAUUUCAGCAGACUUUGAACCCUGUAUUAUUGACAGACCCAAUCUUUGUUAUCUUCCUUAUCUCAAAUUUCUUCAUUUCUGUUGGAUAUAUAGUGCCUUACAUUUAUAUACCAGACUAUGCAUUAGAAAAAAAUUUAAACCCUAACAAUGCUGCCAUGCUUGUAUCAGUAAUAGGUGUAUCAAAUACAUUUGGUCGAGUUGUAUUCGGCUAUCUCUCUGAUAACCCACGAAUUAACCGGAUUAUAUUAUAUGCAACCUCCUUAGUGAUUUGUGGAAUUGGUACCUUGGUGUUCCCAUUCCUUGAAAUUUAUCCUUUACAAAUCUUUUAUUCUGUGAUAUUUGGAAUAUUUACAGGUGUAUUUAUUUCAAUUACAUCUGUUGUUCUUGUUGAUUUACUUGGUCUUGAGAACUUGACAAAUUCCUUUGGAUUGACUCUCUUGAUUCAAGGUAUUGCUACAUUAAUAGGACCACCCUUUGCAGGAUGGCUGUAUGAUGAAACAAAGAACUACGACUUCUCUUUUUACCUAGCUGGAAUUACAUUGGCUGGGGGUGGUCUUUUGUUAUAUAUUAUACCAUUUUUAAAACGAUACCAAAAGAAAAAGCAACAUGUGAUUACUGAACUAACGUCAGAUGCACCGACAAUGAACAGUACACCACCACAAAUUGUUGUUAGUUUGACAGAUAUUGAUUCUAAUCAUGAAGAAUUGUGAUCAUUUUACAGAUAUGACUAAUUUUAUAAUUAAGUCAUUCAUUAAGUUAGUCCUACUAAAGCAGGAAAUAUUUCUCAGGUCAUGCAAGAAAACUUUAUCAAUUUAUAUUCACCAAACAUUAAUUUUAAUCAUGGAGUUUCUCAUAUUUUGCUAUCAACACAUUAUUCAUUUAGCUCAGAGUCUUUUGUAUGAUAUGAUUCUACAUAUGUUUAUGUAAAUAUACCACUCUAUAUAUAUAUUUAUAAACAUAUGUGUAAGAUAAGUUUUAUGAAAGCCAAAUAUCUUGUUGUGUAAAUACAGGCACACACACACACACACAUACACACACACACACACACACAUACACACACACGCACGCACACACACACACAUGCAUAUACUUAUAUAAAUAUAUACGUGAGUGUCAAAACAUUUAAACAUGUCUGUAGAGAUGGUGAAUUGGCAGGGUUGUUCAGGCAUUGGAUGAAAUACCUUAUGGUAUUUAUUCUAGCACCUUACAAUCUGAGCUGACACCUUGCUGAGACCAUCUUUAGUUUUCAUUCUUCCAGGGUUAAUAAUUAUAGAACUAUUCAAGAAUCAUGGAUUAUCAGAACUAUUAGAUCAUCAGACCUUGUGGUAUUUUUUUUUUUAAUUGUUGAGUUCUGAGUUCAAAUCUUGCCAUGGCCUACAUAGAUGGUACAAUUAAUAUGUCAUCCAAUUCAACAAUACCACCACUGGGUCCUUGUGUGCCUUUAGCAGAGUCUGCCACUCUGUUGCAAGCAUUUAGAUCAGGUCUCUCAUUUGAAGAAGUCUUCCCCAUUCCCACCAGUCUAGGAGGCUCUGAAAAGGGUCAUAGGUACUGCUCGUCAUCCCGAGUAAGCAAUAUAUAGAUAUAUAUACAUAUAUAUAUGUAAAUAUAUGUAUGUAUAUGUGUAUGUGUGUGUGUGUGUGUAUGUGUAUAUAUAUAUAUAUAUAUAUAUAUAUAUAUAUAUA